CACACAGUCACUGUGACUGAGAGCAGAAAUGGAGGAGAAUCAGCUGGACCCAGAAACUUUCUCCUGUUCCAUCUGUCUGGAUCUACUGAAGGAUCCGGUGACCACUUCCUGUGGACACAGCUACUGUAUGAAGUGUAUUAAAACCCAGUGGGAUGAAGAGGAUCAGAAGGGAAUCCACAGCUGCCCUCAGUGCAGGGAGACAUUCACACCGAGGCCUGUGCUAAAGAAGAACACCAUGCUAGCAGCUCUAGUGGAACAGCUGAAGAAGACUGGACUCCAAGCUGCUGCUGCUGCUGCUGCUGACCACUGCUAUGCUGGACCUGAAGAUGUGGCCUGUGAUUUCUGCACUGGAAGAAAACUGAAAGCCAUCAAGUCCUGUUUAGUCUGUCUGGUUUCCUACUGUAAGAAUCACCUCCAACCUCACCUUGAUGUUCCUGGAAUGAAGAAACACAAGCUGGUGGAGCCGACCAAGAACCUGCAGGAGAACAUCUGCUCUCGUCAUGAUGAGGUGAUGAAGAUGUUCUGUCGUACUGAUCAGAAGUGCGUCUGUCUCAUCUGUUUAAUGGAGGAACAUAAAGGUCAUGACACAGUGUCAGCUGCAACAGAAAGGACUGAGAGGCAGAGAGAGCUGGAGGAGAGACAAGGAAACAUCCAGCAGAGAAUCCAGGACAGAGAGGAAGAUGUGAAGCUGCUUCAACAGGAGGUGGAGGCCAUCAGUCGCUCUGCUGAUAAAACAGUGGAGGACAGUGAGAAGAUCUUCACCCAGCUGAUCCGUCUCCUCCAGAAAAGAAGCUCUGAGGUGAAGCAGCAGAUCAGAUCCCAGCAGGAAACUGAAGUGAGUCGAGUCAAAGAUGUUCAGGAGAAGCUGGAGCAGGAGAUCACUGAGCUGAAGAGGAAAGACGCUGAGCUGGAGCAGCUCUCACACACAGAGGAUCACAACCAGUUUCUCCUCAACUACCCCUCACUGCCAGCACUCAGUGAGUCUACACACUCAUCCAGCAUCAACAUCCGUCCUCUGAGACACUUUGAGGACGUGACAGCAGCUGUGUCAGAGCUCAGAGAGAAACUACAGGACAUCCUGAGAAACUCAUGGACAAACAUCUCACUGAUGGUCACUGAGGUGGAUGUUCUGCUGUCAGAACCAGAACCAAAGACCAGAGCUGGGUUCUUGAAAUAUUCAUGUGACAUUACACUGGAUCGAAACACAGCAAACAUCCUGCUGAAAUUAUCAGAGGGGAACAGGAAGGUGAGAUUGAUGAUAGACAGUCAGUCUUAUUCUAAUCAUCCAGACAGAUUCACUAAUAGAUACCAAGUUCUGAGUAGAGAGAGUCUGACUGGACGUUGUUACUGGGAGGUGGAGUGGAAAAUGAAUGUUUCUGUAUCAGUCGCAUACAAGAAUAUCAGCAGAGCAGGAAGUGGCAAUGAAUGUGGAUUUGGAUAUAAUGACAAAUCUUGGGCUUUAGAUUGUAAAGGUUCUAAAUUUGGUCACAACAACAUCUGGACCUCCAUCUCAGAUCCAGUUUCCUCCAGACUAGGAGUUUACCUGGAUCACACAGCAGGACUUCUGUCCUUCUACAGCGUCUCUGAAACCAUGACUCUCCUCCACAGAGUCCAGACCACAUUCACUCAGCCGCUACUGGCUGGAGUUAGGGUGUGGAAUUAUUUUGGGUAUGGAUCCUCUGCAGAGUUCAUUAAACCCAACUAGAUUUCCUCUCUUCUCUCUGAUUACUGAUCAGGCUUCAUGGUUCUGCUGUUCUGUUCUUCUUUAUUUCUCUGCUUUAAAUGUAGUUCUUCUCAGUCUCUUUGCUCCAGGAACCAUUAAUGAUCUCUGCUGAUGUUUUCUUUCAUUCUUUUAUGACACAGAACUGAUCUGCAGAACAAAUGUUGUUUAAAUCAGUUGAUUUUGAUGUGAAAUUAAUUUUCUUCUGUUUUCUUUAUUGUGAUCCACAGAAAAAACUGAAACUAAAUUUGCCUUUAAACUGAUGCUGUUUUCUUCUCUAUUCUUUAGAUUUAGAUCAGAGAAAUAAAUGUCUGUUGUUCUGUUUGGCAUUAUUUAAUAAAACAACUGGAUUACAGACAAUUUUCUUAUUUUUUUCUCUUCAUUAUUACAACAAAUAUUGAGUUUUUUGGUCUAAAGUGUAGAAACGUUUCCUUCAGAUGCUACAGAAGAUCAGAUUCAACCUGAUGUUUACAGGAGCAACAAUCUGACCUGAGUUAAAGUGGAUUACAUUUAGCGUUAAGAUCAGGUUCUGGUCCUGGUUCUGCUCCGGGAACCAGAAUCAGUUGUCAUGACAACAAACACAAAGUAUGUUAAAAAAAAACAACACUUUUUCACACAAACUUACAUCAACACCUUUUUUCUAACUGGAAAUCAUUAAGUUGAACAGAAAACAGACACAUUCACCUGCACACAUUGCUCACUGUGAAACCUGGUGGUGGCAGCAGCAUGCUGUGGGGAUGCUUUGCUUCACCAACUAUUGGCUCUUAGUCUUCAGAAGCCUUGAUGCUUUGAUGGAGUUUCAGCUUCCAGCAGGACAGAGAUCCAAACAUCCAUCCAGAGCUCCAAUGAAACGGUUUAAGAGCAGCAAGAAAGAAGUCAGAGCUGCUGGACGGUUCCUUCAGUCUUUAUCUGGACUAAAACUGCUCUAGUUCAUGAUCGCUACGCUAACUAGAGGAGCAAAGCAGCUUGAUGAAUCUUUUUUUUCCAAUUCAAAUUUUUAAUUUAUUUAGAAACAACAUGAAGAAAGUGUGUUUCAUCUGCUCACAAAGAGUGAUACAAUCUUUUACUGUCGUCUUUCCAUUUUGUUAUUGUGAUGGAAAAAUUACAUUAAGGUCACAUCUGCUAGUCAUGUUAUAUGAAUCAUUGUGAACUCUCACCAAAAGAACUAUUUGGGUUACAUGUAGAAGGUUGGAAGUUGUUUUCUACAGCUGCAUCAGAACCAGACUGUCUCACCCCUUGUUAAUUCUUUAUCUUUGGUAUAAAACUCAUGUGUUUCUCUGCCUGACAGCUUUUCAUCCAGACCUGCUUCAUUACUGAUUGU